GCUGGUGACGUCAUCGCAUCUCCCUGUUUACCUCCGGACAUGAGUUAGUAUACAUGUCAAACACAAACAUGCAGCAAGUUAGCGGCUUACUAUUUUACUUUAUAGCGAAGGCGUAUUCGCACUUUUAGGCAGAGCUGGUGAAUAUCUCAGUUUAGCGGUCAAUCGUUUAGACACGUGGUGCUAACAGUGUUAGCCGGGCGGCUAGCAGUGUUAGACACGUGGUGCUAACAGUGUUAGCCGGGCGGCUAGCAGUGUUAGCCUGCAGGCAGAUGACAGACAUCGGCGACAAGAUGGCUUCUGUCCGCUGGGCCUUUCGCUGCGGAUGUUGGACCCCGAGCAGCUCCGAGUGGUUGUUUGCUGCUCGCUGUGUCCAGCAGGAGGAGAAAGACAGGAUCGGAAAGUUUGUGUUUGCCAAAGACGCCAAAUCAGCCAUGGCCGGCAGGUUGCUGCUGAGAAGAUUCGUGUGUGAGAGGAUGCACAUUCCCUGGGCACAGUUCCGCCUGGAACGAUCGCCGAGAGGGAAACCAUACCUUGCUGCACCACCGGAAGUCAGCCCAGAUGGGGGUGUGGCGCCUCUGACCUGGAGUUUCAACAUCUCCCACCACGGGGACUAUGCGGUGCUCGCUGCCGAGAAAGGGAUGCAGGUCGGGGUGGACAUCAUGAAGACGUCCAUGCCUGGUAGCAGCACCGUACCGGAGUUCUUCCGCAUCAUGACUCGUCAGUUUACGCCGCACGAGUGGCACGCCAUCCUGUCGGCCGGCUCCGAGCAGCGGCAGCUCGCCACGUUCUACCGCCACUGGGCCUUGAAAGAAAGUUUCAUCAAAGCCAUCGGCACCGGGCUGGGUUUUAAUCUGCAGAGGGCGGAGUUCCACCUGUCCUCUGAAGUGCCCACACAGACCUCCGUGAUCUGCCGGACCAGAAUGCACCUGGAUGAAGAGGAAGACCACGACUGGGUGUUUGAAGAGAGUUUACUCGAUGAAGACCACCAUGUUGCCGUGGCAUUAGGACCCAUGAAGAUGCCAUCCUCUGCACGUCCUACCUGGUAUGUCCCUGCUCCUGCCUUCACACAGCUGUCCUUCUCUGACCUCAUGGCCUCCGCCUCACCUUUGACCGAGGAAGACCCCGCCUACUGGGAGAGCUUCCGAGCCAAGGCCGAAGCCCCCUUGAGACCGAGACUCGCACGCAUCCAGUCCUGACUUGCUUUGACACCAGGGAUUAUUCUUAUAGACUCUCAUUCGGGCAACCAGGGCAUGAAUAUUUGAUACACUAGCCAGAGAACGCUUUAAGGUAAAACACCAGAUCUACCCAGGUAGUUCCUGAUGGAAACCCAGAGGGGUACUUUUAUUUACCCGGAAGGUUCCUGUAAAGCGGGGGUGCUUGUUACGUUGACCACGAGCUACCGGUCGAUCGCCAGCCAGGCAUUCAAAAAAUAGACCUAAAAAUGAGCGAUCAUCAAUCUUCACCAAGACGUCACCCGAGGGUCUUGUGAGGUGACGCUGGCUGCUGCCAGAUCAUUAUUAAGAAAAAACGACCGACAGGAAGGCGAGAAACACUUUUUAUUCCAACAGACUCUCGCACCGUACUUGGCGCCAAUGUAGUUCUUGUAAAGUGUAAAAGAAGGAGUAUGGAAGCUGGAAAACUAAGCACUUCAAUGUGGUAUUGGACAGAAAGGAGGACUUCCAUUUGAAAAUGUGGACGUUAUCAUCACUACUGUCUGAUUCCAACCAAUGCAAGUCAUCACAAUCAGGUAAUACACACACUUAUAUUCUUGUCUUCAUGAAAGAAAGGAAUCUAUACAUGUUGUGUUAUCAGUAAACACCUUUAACUUGUUAACAAAAACAUUUCAUAAAUAAAUAAAUAUAAAUGAUUGUA